GAUGCUUCGAGCAGCCAUGAACUAAACCCCUUAAAGGCUUAAACCCUAGUUUCUCAUUUGCGUCGCUGCUCUCUCGCUCUCUCCACCGCCUAUGGCUCUGUCGCUCCGUUUCCGGCGAGUCCAGUCGCUCGCCUCCGCCCUGAUCAACCACCAGAGAACUUUCUCCGCUGCGAUUUCCAGCCCGCCGGCACUCUCCUCCGCCACCGUUGAUCCUCUAAACCCUAGGCUCAGUCUCGAUCAGCCCAACCACCAUCGGGUUCCAUUUCAGUCCAGGAACUUCAUGUCGUCCUCGGUCCGUCUCUCGUCAGCCAGAUCAUCCAUCAGAAGCAACAACAAUAAUAACGAUGAAAUAGGCCCGGAUACGAUACUAUUCGAGGGUUGUGACUACAACCACUGGCUCAUCACCAUGGAUUUCCCCAAAGAUCCAGCGCCUACUCGCGAGGAGAUGAUUGAAACCUACCUCCAAACCCUAGCCAAAGUCGUUGGAAGCUAUGAAGAGGCAAAGAAGAAGAUGUACUCCUUUAGUACGACAACUUAUCAUGGUUUUCAAUGUUUGGUGACAGAGGAAAUGUCUGAGAAGUUUAAAGGUUUGCCGGGAGUUGUGUUUGUAUUGCCUGAUUCCUAUAUUGAUCCAGUGAACAAAGAAUAUGGAGGUGACAAGUAUGAUAAUGGAGUAAUCACUCCUAGACCACCUCCAGUUCAAUAUGGCAGGCAGGGGGGAAGAUAUGGUGAUCGUAAUAGGGAUUUUAACCGGAACCGGCCUAGGGGUCCAAUGCCAAACCCUCAAGGCAAUCCAGCAUAUGGCAACCAGGGUCCUAUGUAUGGUGAUACAAGGAACUUUGGACAACAAAAUCCUCAAAUGCAGCCAAAAUAUGGUCCAGGUGUAGGAGAUAGACAGGAUCCUAUGCCAAUGAACAAUGCUCCUGGAGGAAGAGGUCCAAUGCCUUCAUAUCAAGGUAGUUAUGGCCAAAAUGACCGAGGAUAUAAUAAUCCCCAAGGUGGAGUCCCCGUAGAGCAGAGGGAUCUUAGGGGUGAUAAUAGGAAUUAUUCUCCUCAGCAAGGUGCAACAUAUGGGCAAGGUGGUGGAAAUUAUGGGACUGGAGGAAAUUUUGGACAGGGAGCGUGGGGAAAUUAUGGGCAAGGAGGAAGUGGUGGGGGAAAUUUUGGACAAGGAGCGGGGGGGAACUAUGGACAAGGACCAGCAUCUGGGGGAAAUUUUGGACAAGGAGCAGGGGGGAACUAUGGACAAGGACCAGCAGCUGGGGGAAAUUUUGGACCAGCAGCAGGUGGAAAUUAUGGGCAAGGAGUUGGUGAAGUUCAUAGGCAAGAGCCGGGCUCUGGCCAUGGGCAGAAUUACUACCCUGGUCAUGGAGAAGAUGGUGGCUUCUCAGAGACAGAGCAGAGGGGCAAUAUGCAAGGGGGGCAAAGGAACUAUGCGGCUCCAACACAUGCUGGGACAGAUCAAGGGCGAUACUGAGAAGGCUCUAGCACUUGGAGAUGAAUGAUGGGGUGAAUAUGGAAUUCACUUUUUUCACAUCUGCAGAAAUGUUCAUGCUUUGUCCGUAUCUGUGCAAGCUCUGUAACAGUGUGAACUGUGAAGCUUUCUCACUCCAGGUCUAGAUAUAAAUGAUGAGCGAUGAGAAAGAAAAGGGUCCAAAUACAUUUAUAAAUAGUUUCCUAAUUUUGGUUUUGAGUGCUGGCCGUGAAUUUGUUGUUAAUAAUGUCUAGCGGUGUGGAUUUUGGAAAAAAAAUUAAUUAACCAGACCACCGUAUUGGAUCACUUGCUUUUAA